UUAAAGACACAGCUGAAUAGAUUCAAUUAAGAAUCUUCCUCUCUUCCUAGUGAUAACGGUAAACCAGGAAAAUGAGAUGCUAAAGAAGUAGUAGCCCAAUUGCUAUCAGUAGUAAAGCAGUGGCAAGAGGUCAUAUAAUGAGAGGCAACAAACUGAAGCAGUGAGACAAGAGACAGGCAUUUCUUCACAGGAGCCAGGCAGCAAACCUUGCCUCCCUUCUCCCAGGCGGUAGAGGUGAACCUAUCUGAAUGCACGUCUGGACUCUGGGACUUUGCUAACCUCUGACAACAAACUUAUGCCAACAAACUAGCCCAGCACCAGACAUGGGGAGAGCUGCACAGCAAACCCUCACUGCUUUACUCUGCAUAACAGCAGCGGUUUGCGUGGAUGAGGACAGCUGCCCAGAGGUGAGGAUAGUAGGUCUCAGUGGUUCUGACAAACUUGCUGUUCUCCAAGGAUGCCCUGGGAUGGCUGGAGCCUCAGGACCCAAAGGAGAACCUGGAUCUGCAGGAAUGAAAGGAGAGAGAGGUGCUGAGGGGUUCCGUGGAAAGGCAGGACCAGCUGGGGAGAAAGGAGAAAGGGGAGCUCCUGGGGAGGUGGGACCAGCUGGGCCACCAGGCAAAGGAGAGAAAGGUGAUGCCGGCCCCUCUGGACUAAAAGGAGAAAAAGGAAUCCCUGAGACAACAGCAUUUGAUGUGAGGCAGCUGGACAAUAUCCAGUGUAAGAAAGGUGCAAAGGAUUGCAAGGAGCUGUUAGCCAGAGGGCACGUUAUGAGCGGCUGGUACACCAUCUACCCCAAAGGCUGUGCUGCCAUGACCGUGCUGUGUGACAUGGACACAGAUGGUGGGGGAUGGCUUGUUUUCCAGAGACGGGUGGAUGGGUCAGUGGAUUUUCAUCGUAACUGGGCUUCCUACAAGAGAGGUUUUGGCAACCAGCUGACAGAAUUUUGGUUGGGAAAUGACAAUAUUCACCUGCUGACAUCACUUGGAAAUAACGAGCUGCGCAUUGACCUCGGAGACUUCGAAAACAAGAAAUAUUUUGCCAAGUACAAGUCAUUCAACAUUUUGGGAGAAUCUGAGCAAUACAAACUGAUUCUAGGGGACAUGGUGGCAGGUGAUGCAGGGGAUUCAUUAACCUACCAGAAGAACAGUAAGUUUUCAACCCCAGACCAUGACAAUGAUCUGGAUUCGGGUAGCUGUGCAAAAACCUUCCAAGGAGCCUGGUGGUUCAAUAGCUGCCAUUACUCCCACCUGAAUGGGAUGUAUUUACGAGGAGCCCAUAAUCGUCCUGGUCAUGGUGUGCUCUGGAACAAGGGUAUUGGGAACGAAUAUUCCUACAAGUUCUCCGAAAUGAAAUUCAGGACUCUUCCCUAGUGUGAGGUAGGGGCUGUGCACCCUCCCCUCCCAGGUGUAUUUUGUGGUGAGCACCGGCUUCCUAU